AUGCUGCUCACACGGUGUACUACCGCCCAACAGCGAUGGCCUGCAAUGGUCGGACAAAGUCUAAACCGUACGUUCAACAGCACACGAAUGCUGCAUCAAUCUGGCUCAGCACAAGCUCCAUUCACAGUGGCACCUUUAACCGCACGAAAGUUUGUCCGUGUGCAAGGGUCCGAUUCGGUCAGCUUUUUACAAGGCCUGAUGACUAACGAUAUGCGACACUUUGAACACUGCGGUGUGAUGUACACGAUGUUUCUUAAAGCUAAUGGACGUGUUUUCUGUGAUACACUCAUGUAUAAACGACCGGCAGUGGAUACGGAACCACACGAUUAUCUACUCGAAUGUGACGCAUCCGUGGCACCGAGGUUGGAGAAACAUUUGAAACUUUACCGGUUGCGCAAAAAGGUACAGGUGGCAAUGGAUGAAACGUAUCGUGUUUGGGCCGCAUUCAAGAACGAAGUUGCCACCGGUGAAGCAGAGGGACCGAUUAAAAACAGUCGCCUGCACGUGCUCAAAGAUCCUCGACUACCAAGGCUGGGUUACCGGGUGCUUAGCCAAGAAGAACAAUCCAUCACUGAAGAACUACUGAAAUCUACCUUCCCUGAUGCAGUGAUGUCCGCAGACAAGGCUGACCCAUACACAGAAUUCCGCUAUUCGCUCGGUAUUGGAGAGGGUGAAGAAAAUCUACCUGAUGGUAAAUGUUUCCCUCUCGAAUGUAACUGCGAUCUGCUACACGGUGUUAGCUUCCACAAGGGUUGCUACAUCGGUCAGGAGCUAACCGCCAGAACGUACCACACCGGUGUGAUACGCAAACGACUGAUGCCACUUGUGUUUGAAAGCGCUCCUAAGGUAUCCGUCGAUCCGGAAGCCUUGCGUGAUGCUGAGAUUAAAAAUGAUGAAGGAACCGCCGUGGGAAAACUGCGAGGGUUGAUCGGUAACCAUGGUAUCGGAUUGCUACGUAUCGAGAAGAUUCUGGCCGGAGGAAAGCUAACAUUAAAUAUACCGGGCGAAACGAGUGCCAUUCCGUGUCGCACUAGCAAACCUUUCUGGUGGCCCAAAGAACUCAACACUCGAGCUUAA